AUGGAGAAGAGCAGUCGUUCCCAGGGGUCGGCAUCCUCCUUCGAGGCCGAAUCCCAAGAUCUCCACCUCCAAUCCAAGAUGCGUACCAUUCGCAUGGUCGACAGUGCCCGCGCAGGCGUCACGGUGCUAGCUCUUCUGAUGGGCCUGACGGUCCUCGGCGUUGCGGGCAACACACUGCGUGUGUACGAGAGCACGCACGUUGCGCACGAGUUCAUGCUGCCGCUCUGGCCAGACCACUUCAAUCUCCGCCCGACCGUGUCGCUCGUCAUCGGCAGCGUCAUCGUCCUGGUGGCCAACCUCAUCGCUGUCUGCUUCAGCCACGUGGGCGCUCUCCGCGCCAAAUCGACGCUCCACACCACCGCAACCAUCAUCGCGCCCAUGCUCGGCCUGACAGGCGCGCUCAUCGCCGUCAUCUUCUACUACGCCGUCAAUGCCUCCGAGGUGGCCGACACCUUCAUCUCGUGGACGUGCCGCUGGAAGGACAUCCCCAUGUCGCAGGCGCCGCACUGGGACACCCUCUGCCAGCAGGGCCACGCCGGCCUGUACCUGGCCAUCCUGCUGAUCCCCGUCGAGGUGGCGGCCCUGGCCCUGGCCGCGUUCCAGCUGAAGGUGGAGAGGUACACGGAUCGGUACCUGGGCGCGAGGAAGACCCCGGUGUUGGGUUAA